AUGGUCGCGAUCACGCAGCCGCUCUCCUCACCGACUCUAUCCGCUAGAGGUCGCAACUACCUCAUCACUGGCGGGACACAAGGCCUCGGCUUCGAGAUUGCGACCCAGCUGAAGGCCUGCGGCGCCGCCAAGGUGGCAGUCAUCGCCCGCAACGCCGAGAGGGGCACAAAGGCGGUCGAGCGGCUUCAAGCUGCCGCUGGAGUGCAAGAGCCCUUUGAAGCGUUUUUCGUCGAGGCGGACCUCUCCGACGCCACCGGUCCUGGCAAGGCGGUGGCUUUGGCGCUCGCCGCGAUGGGGGCCAUCGACGGAGUGGUGAAUGCUGCAGCGACGACAGCUCGUGGCAACCUGGCCUCGACGACCGCCGAGGACUGGGACGCGAUGAUGGCGUGCAACGCGCGAGCACCAUUCCUCAUCACGCAGGCUGCGACGCGGCACAUGAUUGAAAAAGGCAUCCGCGGCUCCAUCGUCAACAUCUCGUCGGUGGCGGGCAAGGGCGGCGCGCCGUUCCUGAUGGCAUACUCGGUCUCCAAGGCGGCCGCGUCCGCACUCACGCGCAACAACGCGGCGGAGCUCGCACCGCACGGCAUCCGGGUAAACUGCGUCGAAAUGGGCUGGUGCGCGACGGACAACGAGGACGCCCUGCAGCGCAGCGUCAAGGGCGAUGACUGGCUGCAGCAGGCGGACGCCUCUCAGCCGCUGGGCCGCAUCCUCCGGCCGGCGGAUGUCGCGGCGACGGUCUGCUUCCUCCUGAGUGACGCGUCGCUCAUGAUGACUGGAAAUGUGGUCGAUCUUCACCCGGAGUACUCGAGCGGGAUGAUCUCCCGCCUCGCGGACGAGGCCGCGGGCGGGCGUUAG